AUGGCAGCCGCUCGGGCUAUGCUAGAUGAAGUCCACGAACUACUACCGAAGCAUACAGACGACACCAAUACCUAUGUACUUGGAAGCAUCCAGCUGCACAAUGUCGUUAUCGCGUGUUUGCCAGACGGACAAUACGGAACAAAUAAUGCAGCAAUAGUCGCGACGAACAUGUUACGAACGUUCAAAUCAAUCAGCACCUGUUUGAUGGUAGGAAUCGGUGGUGGGGUGCCAAGCAGAGCUGAUGUGCGUCUGGGUGAUGUCAUAGUUGGAACAAGAGUUAUGCAGAGUGAUCUUGGAAAAGUUGUCGGAGACGGAGAGCUACUACAAACGGCAAUACCUAGGAUUCCUCAUCAGUCGCUCGGGACGGUUGUGUCCGCCCUACGUUCGAAACACGAGCUGAGUCGCAGUCGAGUCUCGACAAUCCUACAGCAGCAUCUAGGUGGCCAACCACGAUAUAGUCGUCCAAACGUGCCGGACCGCCUCUUCCAUGCAACAUAUGACCACGAAUCUAUAACCCCUGGCUGCGACAAAUGCGAUCAGUCAAAGGUUGUUCCACGAAACAGCCGAACGUCGGACGAGAUAAUAAUCCACUACGGCGCUAUUGCUUCAGGAAACCAAGUCAUGAGAAGUGGCACUACUCGGGACAAGGUCGCUCAACGACUAGAUGUCGUAUGCUUUGAAAUGGAGACUGCUGGACUCCUUGAUAUUCUUCCCUGUCUCCCAAUCCGGGGAAUCUGUGACUACUCAGACUCUCACAAAAAUAAAGAAUGGCAAAGGUACGCCGCAGCAACUGCGGCAGCAUAUGCCCGGGAACUUCUUGAGGAGAUGCCUGUGACUGAAGCAUGUACAGGGCAUAUGUAUGUGCAUGAUCUGUACAAUAGUUCACCCGAAGACCGCCGGCGACAUUUGUUAAAUUCCCUCAGGUUCGAGCAGAUUGAUUCUCGUAAAAUGAACAUCAAAGCUGCCCACUCUAAGACGUGUCAAUGGUUUCUCGGUCAUUCUAGCUAUAAAGAAUGGCUUGACCCUGCUGCAUUGACGCGACAUCACGGAUUCCUGUGGAUUAGCGGUAAGCCGGGUGCGGGCAAGUCAACAAUCAUGAAAUUUGCAUACGAGCGCUUGAGGAGGAAGGCCCAAAUAAAGCAUACUAUCACAGCUUCCUUUUUCUUCAAUGCGAGAGGGGAGUCCUUGGAAAAGUCGAUCAUCGGAAUGUAUCGAUCAUUGAUACUUCAACUACUGGAAGGAUACUCAGAUCUUCAGACAGUCUUGGACGAUCCUGAGCUUGUGUCCCAAAGCUCUAAUAGCUGUCCUCCUUUAAAUUGUCUUAAAGACAUUUUUCUUAACUCAGUUUCCGCGCUCGGCCAACGUGAAUUCACGUGCUUCGUUGACGCUCUUGAUGAAUGCGAUGAACAACAGGUUGUUGAUAUGAUCCAGUUCUUCGAAGACCUGACAGAGCAAUCUUCGGCUAAAGGUGUCUUAUUCCGAAUAUGCUUCUCUAGCCGACAUUAUCCCUAUAUCAUCAUUCGACAAGGAAUCCGACUCACACUAGAAGACCAGCCCGGUCAUGCACAAGACUUGCAGACAUACGCUGCUAACCGUCUUCGUAUUGACGACCCUUCACUUGCCGAAGAGCUACAAGUGCAACUUUUGAGUAAAGCUGCCGGUGUUUUUAUGUGGGUUGUCUUAGUUGUCGACAUCCUUAAUAAGGAGUAUCGACGCGGUGGGAUGUUUUUAACAAAGAGACUCGCUGAAAUCCCGAGUGAUCUAAGUGAUUUGUUCAAGGACAUCUUGAGACGUGACAAUGAAGAUAUGGAAGCUCUCCUGUUUUGUAUUCUCUGGAUUCUCUACGCAAAACGCCCACUCCAACCGAAAGAGUUCUAUCAUGCUGUCUGGUCUGGUUUAUCACUUAACAGUCUUGUUGAUGACCGAAUUCCAGAUGUCACCAUUCCAAAUGCUACAGACGGCCUGGACCAGUUUGACAGAUAUAUCAUCCACUCCUCAAAGGGACUGGCUGAAGUUACAAAAUCCAAGGAGCCGACCGUGCAGUUUAUCCAUGAAUCUGUCCGAGACUUCCUCAUCAAGGACAAUGGGCUGUUUGAAUUAUGGCCUGAGCUUGGGCUAGACUGUGAGCGACUAGGCCACGAGAAGCUCAAACAGUGCUGCUCCCGCUACCUGAAUGAUACUUUGUAUGCUAAUAAAUAUAUCCUAUACCAUGCCAACAUUGCCGUGGAGUCUAUUCCUCAGAACGAGUUUCUAUCUUCUUUUCCUCUCUCCACCUGGAUCAUGGUCCACAAUGCCUCCGAGGAUUUCAAGACCCGCAGAUAUACUCAAGGGGCAAGCCUGAUGUAUGUUCUCGCCGAUAACGGAUAUUCUGGGCUCAUCCGUAUAAGACUCAAGGAUGAGCCACAAAGUUAUGUGCCUCAGGAGAGAUAUAAGUACCCUCUUUUUGCUGCUUUAGCAAACUGUAGGAAAGACGCUGUUGCUGCUCUUUUGGACUUACCCACGUAUAUGUACGAGGGAGUGGAUAUUACUCAGGGACUGAAGAGCAGGAAAGACUUUAAAAGAUAUGGAGAUCAAACACCGCUAUCUUGGGCUGCUCAAGAAGGGCGCAACGUGAUUCUUAAACAACUCAUUCAGAACGGGGCGUACAUUAACGAGCAAGAUAGAGGGGGGUUAACACCGCUUUCACGAGCUGUAAAGAAUGGCCAUGAGGCAGUCGCAAAGCUGCUUGUUGAGAAGGGAGCAGAAGUUAAUACCAGUGACAAUAACGGCUACACACCACUGCUAUGGGCGUCACAGAAUGGCCAUGAGGCAGUGGCAAGGCUGCUUGUUGAGAAGGGAGCAGAAGUCAAUACCAGUGACAAUAACAGCUACACACCACUGCUAUGGGCGUCACAGAAUGGCCAUGAGGCAGUGGCAAGGCUGCUUGUUGAGAAGGGAGCAGAGGUUGAUACCAGCGACAAAAGGAAGUACACACCACUGAUAUGGGCUUCACAGAAUGGUCAUGAAGCGGUGGCAAGGCUGCUUCUUGAAAAGGGAGCGGAUGUUAAUGCCUAUGACUCUUUCAAAUAUACACCACUGCUACGGGCCUCACAGAAUGGCCAUGAGACAGUGGUAAAGCUGCUUGUCAAAAACGGAGCAGAUAUCAAUACUACUACCGACUACGGCUAUACACCACUGAUAUGCGCUUCACGGAAAGGCGAUGAGACAGUGGUAAAGCUGCUUGUUGAAAAGGGAGCAGAGGUCAAUGUUAAUGACUCUCUUGGAUACACACCGCUGAUAUUGGCCUUACAGAAUGGCCAUGAGGCAGUAGCAAGGCUGCUUGUUGAGAAGGGAGCGGAGGUCAAUACUAAUGAUUCACUAGGAUACACACCACUGAUAUGGGCUUUGCACAGUGGUAAUGAGGCAGUAGCAAGGCUGCUUGUCGAACAGGGAGCGGAUUUUAACAUCAGUGACAAUAACGGCUACACACCACUGUUAUGGGCGUCACAGAAGGGCUAUGAGGCAUUGGCAAGGCUGCUUGUUGAGAAGGGAGCAGAGGCCAAUGCCAGUGACACGCAUUGA